ACAUGGAGCUGGGGAAAGGAAAGCUCUUGAGGACUGGCCUUAAUGCCUUACACCAGGCCAUCCAUCCUGUGCAUGGAAUUGCUUGGACAGAUGGAAAGCAAGUGAUACUGACUUCUUUAUACCAGCGUAAUGGAGAACCUAACUUUGGCAACUCAAAUGUUGUGGGUCAAUUUGAACACGUUCAUGGACUUUACUGGGGUCCGUUUUGUGCACCAGAUGCUCCUGCACUUCUUGCCAUUCAGCACAAAAGACACAUUACAAUGUGGCAACUCUGUUACAGCGGUUCAGAACAAAACAAGCUGAUGGUUUAUCAGAUCAGUGAAAUCAGCGAGUUGUUUCCUAUACUUCCCCAGGGUUGUGUGUGGCAUCCCCAAAAAGAAAUUUUAGCUGUGCUCACUACGCGAGAAACUUCUGUGCUCCAUUCAGUGCGACUCAAUAACUCCAGAAUCAAAGCAGACAUCAAAGGUAGCGGUAUUAUUCAUUGUGCUUGUUGGACUGAGGAAGGCAAACGUUUGGUGAUUGGGAUAGGUAGCACCCUCCAUUCCUACAUGUGGGAUGAUGAUCAGAAAACUUUAAAUGCUUGCUCCUUUUGUCCAAUAUUUGAUGUAGGGGGCUAUGUUUGUGCAAUAGAACCAACUAUGAGCACUCAAGUGGCAGUUGCUACUGAACUGCCACUAGACAAGAUCUGCAGCUUAAAUGCUGGUGUUUCAUUUGAAAUCCCAAGUGAAAUUAUUGGAAAUCCAGUUCCUUCCCAAGGUAGCUCAUUGGAAAAUGAUGGUGAUGCCUCUGUAGAUGAUGGGGAAAAGUUAACAGACCAGGAAAGUUUUACAUCAUCCCCAGUGGAUUUGACUCAUCUCCCUUCAGGUAAACAGCAAUCUGAAAACAGUCCCCUCAUUAAUCUACGAUCCAAAGAUUACUUAACUGGAAGUGGUCACGAUGCAUCACAUUUCAUUUUGGUGACUUUUGAAAAAAAGGCGACAACUAGCAAAAAAGUCAGCAUCCCAGGUAUCCUGGUCCCAGAUAUCAUGGCUUUUGACUCUAAAACACAGACUGUGGUAGUCGCCUCCAAUACCUGUAACAUAAUUUUGACUUAUUCCUUAACUUCAACACUCCUGCCUAACAUUCAACAAAUUCAUUUGGAGAAGAAUGAGAGGCCAAAGGGGUUGUGUUUCCUAACAGAGAAACUGUUGCUGAUCCUGGUUGGAAAACAAAAAUUAGUGGAUCCUGCUUUUCUUCCAUCUUCGCGCUCAGACAAAUACAUUCUUCGCUUGAUAGUCAGAAAGAUCACCUCUAGAGAAGGCCAUUCUGCGCUUUCGGGUCCUACUCAGAUUUGUUUCAGGAACAUACCAGUGAAAAGAGAGUACGUUGAAAGUCAUUCUUCUGAUGCUCACUUUCUGAGAGAAGGAUUGCUGCUCCCAGAUUGCGUGAGCAUGCCAUUUCCUGGGAAGAAGAAACUGAUAGAAGAAAUUGCUAACGAGCAAUGCUCGUCAACAAGCGUGGAUUCUGCUGAGAAAAAGAUGUCCAAGGGUUUUCCUCAAGAUUUGAGAACUUUGGACGUUGAGCCAAUAGCUCGUUCCUUUGCUCUUCAAGAGCUUGAAAAUUCUUCAGGACCACUAAACAUGCCAAUUUCAACCACGGCAGGAGAUAGAUCUCAUGAAACCUCUAAGUUAUAUGGCAAACAAACACAGAAUUCUCGUGAAGUAAACAGGAACGUAACGCAAAGUGACAAAGAAGCCAAUUGUAUCUCUAAAAAUCUCGAGGAACUGUGCUACAGCUUCGCAGAACUUCAGCAUCAACUUUUUGAGAUAACUGAGCUUCUAAGAUCCGGGAAAAAAAUUGUUCCACAGUAUCCGCCAUCUUGUGAGCCUUCUUUUGUUAACGUAAUUUGCCAGAAAGAGUCUUCCGGAUCUGUUACUUCUGAACAGCAUGCUGUUAUCCUCUGUGAUGGGAAACUCCGUCUGAGCAUAAUUCAGAAGAUUUUCAAUGUGGGUGUAGUUGAAAUGCAGCAUGAUUUGUCCUGGAUUGUUCUUACGUCAGACAGUGAGGGCUUUAUUCCAUUAACAUUUGAAUCCCAGCAGGAGAUCAUUAUAAGGGAUGUGAAUGCCAUAUCUAAUGACAGCAGUAAUGCUUCUUGCAAAGCAUUAGUUGCGGUCAAUUCCACUGAGGGAUUCAGAAAGCUUUCCUCUCACAGUCUGGAUUUUACAGCCAGCUCCAUGGAAGUCUUGAGAGAAGAGUCUUCUCGGUGUCUGGUGGAUGACGGACAUUUUUAUGAGCAAACCAACAGCUCUUCCUAA